UCUAAAAAUUAAAAAAAAUUAAAAAAAUGUUCGAACCCGAAUCUCCAACAACAUCAGGGCGAUCAACGCCCUUUCAUGAUUUCGAAACGGAUCAACAGCUGGAAGAUAAUACAACGGAUUCUGAGUCGGGCCAAUGCCCAACCUUGUCCCAAUAUGAUCUUAACUUUGAUAAAUAUCCGUUUAUGAAGCCGUGUCCCUAUGCCAAUGAUGUGCAAGCCUUGGAGGAACUAGAGGCCUGCGAUUACACACAGCGCAUCACAUACGAGAUGGCCUGUGCGGGGCAGACGAAGCGUCGUGUGCGCAUCUAUGCGGAUGGUAUCUAUGAUCUGUUCCAUCAGGGUCAUGCCCGACAGCUGAUGCAGGCGAAGAAUCUCUUUCCGAAUGUUUAUCUGCUUGUGGGAGUCUGCAGCACCGAGCUGACGCUCAAAAUGAAGGGUCGCACCGUGAUGAAUGGCUUGGAGCGCUACGAGGCAGUGCGCCAUUGCCGCUACGUGGAUGAGGUUGUUGCCAAUGCACCCUGGACACUCACUGAUGAGUUCCUGAACGAACAUAAAAUUGAUUUUGUGGCCCACGAUGAUAUACCCUAUGGUGGGUCUGGGGGCGUGGGUGACAUCUAUGCCCAUCUGAAGGAACGCGGCAUGUUUGUGGCCACCGAGCGUACGCCGGGUGUGUCCACCUCGGACAUUGUGGCACGCAUCGUUAAGGAUUACGAUCUCUUUGUGCGCCGAAAUCUGGCACGCGGAUACACCGCCAAGGAGCUGAAUGUCUCCUUUCUCUCCGAGAAGAAGUUCCGUCUGCAAAAUAAAAUGGACGAACUGAAGGAUCGGGGCAGGCGGGUGAAGGUCGACCUCCAGGCCAGAUGGGAGGCCAAGUCUCGCGAUUUGAUCAAGGCCUUUUUGCAGGCCUUUGGCCGCGAGCGUCUCUUCUCCAUCUGGCGCGAGUCCAAGGGCAAGAUAAUGAGUGCCUGGGGCUCGAAUACUUCCCUGGCAGCAGAAAGCUUCUGUGAUUCCGAUCAGGACGAUAGUGAGGAUGAGUAUAUGGACGCUAUGUCAGCUAGCGACAGUGUCCUGGAAGCGGCGCGCGGGCAUGCCGCUGCUUCGGAAAAUGCCAACAAUUUGAGCCGUUCCAGCAGCUCACCCGAGGUGGGGUCUGGAAAUUUUUAAGGAUCCAACCUUGAAAAUGUUUUUUGUUUUGUUCUUUGACUUGUUAAAUUUUUGUUUGGAUGAAACACACACAAUGAGACCACACAGCGAAAUAUAAAAGGGUGAUGGAGGGGUCGCAUUAAAUGAAA